GAAACAAUACAACAAAUAUUUGCUUUGUGAAUAUCCUCAAAAAUCAUUCUAUUGUAACAUUAUCGUAUCGUCUUCCUUUUGUCAACUUUAUUUGUUGCGUUUGCGACGUCAACCAACCAUCAAAGACUUAUACUUAUACAACUUGUACCGAGAUCUCUGGCAUCUGACUUCAAGAUGGUCUCCGCCAGGAAGCGUGGAAGGCAGGAGAUGGAAGCCAGUGAGCUUCCAAAGGAACCAAGUAUGAUUGAUCAACUUCGAAGCAUGUGGGAAUUUGCAAAUCUUGCGCAAUGGAUUUUCAUUUUUGGAAGGACGGUCAAAAUCGAUGAGAAUAUUGGUAUCGAGGAACUGGAGUUGGAAUGCUCGAAAACACACUCGACUGUUCUGCCAGAGAUUGGUCUUGCUUUAUUAAAGUUUGUUUCUGCUCAUCGAGGGCUCACUCCGGAGAUUUUCGAUGAGUAUACAAGAAGACAAUAUGUUGCCAAAGCACCCGAGCGCAAUCCAUAUGGCACCGAGGAGGAACCCGCAAAGUUCACAGAUUUCGAUGCCUUUACUAAGAUUCGAGUUUUACAGCAACUUACUCAAUGGGCCAUGAUCAGUCCAGAGCGUAUUCGUGAGAGGAUGGAAGAAACCAAGGACAUCGAGCAGACCUCUUGGCGCAUCGAACCUUGUGGAUGGGACUCGGAUGAUCGCGAAUAUUUUGUGCUAGAUGACAAUCGAUUAUAUCGUCGUACUGAAGCUCCACCACCUCCUCCACCAGCUCCAACACACAAAAAGAAUUCAAAGAAAGGCAAGGCGGCUGCAAGGGCAAGCAAACGAAGAAAGACAACAGACCCAAUCGAUAGUGAAGCCGAAGCAUCGGUAGAAGCACCGGUAGAAGAAAAGAUGGAUGAUGGGUUCGGAGGCGCAAAAUGGGAAUGCAUUGCUGUUUCGUUUGAAGAGUUCACCGCAUUCGCAGCAUCAAUGGAAAAAACUCGGGAUCCAAAUGAAAAGAUAUUACGAAAACGCAUCGUCGAUGACGUAUUACCAUUAUUGGAAAAGCAUGAAGAAGCCCGAAAGCGCAAGGAAGCACAGAAGCAGCGCGAGUUAAUCAACAUCGAAAAAUUAGCUACAGCCAAGAGAUCUAGUAGAAUCGCUGGCAAGAUGGAGCAACAGAAGCAGGAAGAAGAAACUAGAGAAGCGGAACGCAAGAAGCAACAAGAUUUAGCAAUGGCAAAGAAAGAACAGCAAAAAUGGCUCAAGCUAGAGAAAGAAAGAGAAUCACGAAUGAUGACUAGGGAGCAGCGAGUAAAGGAAAGAGAAGCACGCCGCAUCCUCCAUGAAGACGAAUUGGCCAAUCUUUCUGAGGAUAGUAGGAAGGUUGGAUCGGGUGAAGGACGUCUCUCGGAACGUCAUCUAAAGGCCGAAAUUGAAAAGAAGAGGCAGGCGCUCGAACAACUUAACGAGGAAGAUGAUUGGAUCUUUGACUGUAUCUGUGGUGCUUAUGGACAGAUUGAUGAUGGGACCCAUAGUAUUGCAUGCGAAGAAUGCAAUAUUUGGCAGCACAGUAAGUGUGUUGGAGUCAGUGAAGCUGAGGCUGAUAACGAGGACUUUGAAUUCGUAUGCACUACUUGUAAACGCCGUGCUGAGGAAGCAGAGAAAGCUAAAAAUCACCCACCAAUGAAGAUUAAGCUUGGUCGACCCGGAUCUUCUCCCUCUUUAGUGCCACCCAAACAAAAUGGCGUUCCAAGUAUGGAUAAUGGAGCGAUGCCAAAUGGUAGACUAUCAGCAACUCCAUCCUCACCACAAAAGUCAGCACCUCAACUACAUCUAUUUUCUACUACCAAUGGGGCACAUAAGUCAACACAAUCAGCAAAGGGCUCUUCACCUCAGUCACAGAAUAGACCGCCACCUAUUCUACCACCAAAGUUCACCAACAGGAAUGAGCGCGCAGGUUCUCCAAUUGGCAAAUCCGAUAUUAGACCAUCCAUUGAAAUCCCCGUCGGGGAAAGUCCAUCUUUAUCACGAUACAAUGGUCUGGGUAACAGUAAUCCUUUUUCCUCCCCCGUUCCCCACAGUCCAACUUCUCUUCCACCCCCAAAGAAUUUGACUACCAAUGGCGCGGCUCGGUACAACCAAUCCCCUUCGAAGCCUCAAAGCUCGCCAAUAUCUUCACCAAUUCAGCAACAUGCGGAUUUGCCAAAUCUCAAAAAUAACGGAGAUGUGCCAGCUCAACCCCUUAAUGGAUUUCACAAAGAGCACAACGAUCGACGUAGUUCAUUCAAUUUUUCAUCCCCUCUUGCAGGAGUCCCAGUAUUGACACCAUCUCAAAAGAAUGGACCGAUACCAAGCUCAUCCUUUGAACACAAUGGGCAUGCCGCAACGCCAAGUGGAGCCUCACGAUUUACUAUGAUAACCGCAUCAUCCCCAGGAUUAGAUCAAGAUCCACUUGAUCCAGGUCAUGCAUCGGCUCUCCCAUCUUCGAUCAGUGGAAUUUCUCCCACAAAACAUUCUCCUCCGCGUCCAGCAUCAAAUGGCUCAACAACCCCCGCCAUUCUCCCCCCAGUUGCUCCAUUAUCGCCGAGUCCGCGAUCACAAAAUCUUGCUCCACCCGUUAAGCCUUCGGAGCCACAACUGAGUCAAAACACAGCUCAGUGAACAUCGUGAUUAUUGAUCACCACAAUUUUCAGUACUUCACAAGGGUUUGAUUCUCGCUCUCAGGUCAAAUCGUCAACAAUACCUCUGCCAUUCAACAGAAUUUAGGGUUCUCAUUUUUCUCUUUCCUGCAAUCGUCGAUCAUAUUUGAUCUUGCAGUGUACCAACCUUAGAUGUCAUUUACCUGUGCGAGAUUCACGCGAGCAUAUUCUCAUUUUUUCCCCUGUAUUACAUUUUUGUUCGUGGGUGGCGUUGGGAUAGGGAAUUAGAAGGGAAUAAAAUGGCGAAUUUACAUAUCAUGACGAUGAGGAAUGGGAUACAUCGUUCCAGGGUGAAUGAAUGGAUAGAUGUAUGAGUGCUGAUGGAUAUAUGCAUAUCUGCAGUCAUCUUUGACUCCUUUAGGAGAUAGGACCUGUAUUAUGGUGAGAAAUGGUAGAGAUGUUUUGGAGAAGGAUAUUGAAUCGGUGGGCUGGUAGUUGUGAGAGAUGGCUUAAUUGCAUGAAAUGCGAGAUGAAUUAAGAUCACAAAAUAUCAAUUGUAUUUUAUAUGUUAAAUAUCA